UGACGCCGGCGGUGGCGGUGGCGGGGUCUCCGGCAGUGUUGCCUUGCAACAUCUCCACCAUUAACAGUGACGACUCCGUCCAGCUGGUACUCUGGUACCGGGACCACGUGCCUACACCCAUCUACAGCUACGACGUGCGGCUAGGCGUGUACUCUCGGCCCAAGGAAUGGGCCGACCCGCAGAUCCUGGGAGAGAGAGCUCACUUCAGCAUGACCACUAUUCCUGCCGCCCUCGUCCUAAACCAGACCCGCCGCCCUGACCAGGCUGUGUAUCGCUGCAGAGUUGACUACAAGCGGCUCACCACCACCCACGCCAGGGUCAACCUUACCGUGAUAGAGCCGGUGGGGAGUGUGAGCAUUAUGGAUGAGAAUGGGAUGGAACUAGUGGGUGCAGCGGGCCCAUAUACGGUGGGCCAACGGCCCUCCCUCACCUGUAGGGUGCAAGGGGGCGACCCGCCACCUGCCGUCACCUGGUGGAGGGAUGGACGGCUCGUGGACGGCACCUACCACCACCAGUCUUUACCCAGUAGAGCGACUGUAAUAUCCAACAGCUCGAGUAGGGACGGGGUGGAGCCGGGACCCAUCGUAGUCAACACUAUAAAUCUACGAGCGUUGAAGAAGGAAGAUUUGCGGUCUACCUACACCUGUCAGGCCACCAACCACGACCUCGCGCCCACUAAGGAGACCGCGGUCGAACUCGAUAUGAACUGUAAGUAUGUUUUCACUAUCUGUGUUGACCAGACCACACACUAGAAGUUGAAGGGACGACGACGUUU